AUGCCUGAGGGGGGUAACUGGGUUCCCUCGGAUGCCUGGGGGUGUAACACGGUUCCCCAGAUGUCCUUGCGAUGCCGUGGUAGGUGCGAGAUGCCUGAGGGGGUGACUGGGUUCCCUCGGUUGCUUGGGGGUGUAACACGGUUCCCCAGAUGUCCUCGCGAUGCCGUGAUGGGUGCGAGAUGCCCGGGGGGUGAUCUGGAGAUCAUUUUCAUCUCUGCAGAUGAGGAUGAAGAGGCCUUCAGUGGAUACUUUUCCAAGAUGCCGUGGCUUGCGAUCCCGUAUUCCGACUCGGAGAAGCGCGAUAGCUUGGAUGAAUUGUUUGAGGUGAGGGGCAUACCCCACCUUGUGAUUCUGGACGGCACCGGUACACUCUCAACAGAUAGGGGAGUGGAGAUUGUCCGCGAGUAUGGAGUGGGAGGUCACCCUUUCACUCCAGAACGCAUCAAAGAGUUAAAAGAGCAGGAAGAAGCUGCUAAGAGAAAUCAAUCACUGACCUCUCUUUUGGUUCGUGAAUCUCGUGACUUCGUAGUUUCAUCCGAUGGGAAGAAGGUUCCUGUUACUGAGCUUGAAGGAAAAACCGUGGGUCUGUAUUUCUCAUUGUCCAUGUACAAAUCAUGCGUCGAUUUCACGCCAAUGUUAGUGGAGGUUCAUGAGAAGUUGAAGGUCAAAGGAGAGAGUUUUGAGAUCGUUCAGAUACCAGUGAUAUUGAGGGAAUCAUUGAUGGACUGGACUCUUGAGGUAAGUGGCUCAAGUACAUCAAAAUGCCCCCCCCCCCCGCACGUGGUGCGGUCCGUGCCAGCGGUUACUCUGGUGGAGGUGUACAAUGAACUUUCCCGAAAAGGUGAUCUGGAGAUCAUUUUCAUCUCUGCAAAUGAGGAUGAAGAGGCCUUCAGUGGAUACUUUUCCAAGAUGCCGUGGCUUGCGAUCCCGUAUUCCGACUCGGAGAAGCGCGAUAGCUUGGAUGAAUUGUUUGAGGUGAGGGGCAUACCCCACCUUGUGAUUCUGGACGGCACCGGUACAGUCUCAACUGAUAGGGGAGUGGAGAUUGUCCGCGAGUAUGGAGUGGGAGGUCACCCUUUCACUCCAGAACGCAUCAAAGAGUUAAAAGAGCAGGAAGAAGCUGCUAAGAGAAAUCAAUCAUUGACCUCUCUUUUGGUCCGUGAAUCUCGUGACUUCGUAGUUUCAUCCGAUGGGAAGAAGGUUCCUGUUACUGAGCUUGAAGGACAAACCGUGGGUCUGUAUUUCUCAUUGUCCAUGUACAAAUCAUGCGUCGAUUUCACGCCAAUGUUAGUGGAGGUUCAUGAGAAGUUGAAGGUCAAAAGAGAGAGUUUUGAGAUCGUUCAGAUACCAGGUUUAAGAGGAAGACAGCUGCGGAUAGAUUGUAGUUUAGGCAUUCCUACAAUCGCCCUGCCUUUUGGUCAUUUACAGAACUGUUUCUUUAGUGAUAUUGAGGGAAUCAUUGAUGGACUGGACUCUUGA